AUCAUGAGGAUCAGUACUAGCUACUGAUCUGGAUCAUUAUAUAUAUAUAUAUAUAUGGAGAUAAUAGAGAUGACAGCACCAGCACCAGCAGCUCCUCCGCCUGAGAGCGGCGGCGCGUGGGUGGCGUGGGAGGAGCUGACGGCGGUGAUCCCGAAUUUCAGGAAGGGCCCGACGAGAAGGCUAAUAAAUGGGCUAACGGGUUAUGCUUUCCCGGGUCGGAUCCUCGCCGUAAUGGGACCUUCCGGCUCCGGCAAAUCCACUUUCCUCGAUUCUUUAGCUGGUAGGGUGGGUGGAAAUGUGGUGCUGUCCGGCAAGGUUGCUCUCAAUGGCAGAUACACUAACAACAUCAUCACUAUCACCACCCUUCACCAUGGUCUUCUUGCAUACGUGACGCAGGAAGAUGUGUUCCUGGGGACACUAACAGUGAGGGAGACCAUCACCUACUCAGCAAUGCUCAGGCUCCCCUCCACCAUAUCUAAGGACGAACUCUACGAAACCGUCGAAAACACCAUAACAGAGAUGGGCCUUCAAGACUGCGCCGAUCAUCUCAUCGGAAACUGGCAUUUAAGAGGAAUAAGUGGCGGCGAAAAGAAGAGGCUCAGCAUCGCCUUAGAGAUCAUAACUAAACCUUACCUUCUCUUCCUCGACGAGCCCACUACUGGCCUCGACAGCGCCUCCGCUUUCUUCGUCGUCCAAGCACUCAAGAACGUCGCAAGAAGCGGCAGAACUAUCAUAUCGGCCAUUCACCAGCCCAGCAGCGAAGUCUUCGCCCUGUUAGACGAUCUUCUGCUGCUUUCGUCUGGAGAAACAGUUUAUUUUGGAGAAGCUGGAAAGGCAAUACAGUUCUUUGCCGACGCAGGAUUCCCCUGUCCUAGUAGAAGAAACCCGUCAGAUCAUUUUCUUCGUUGUGUAAAUUCGGACUUCGACAAAGUGCACAACACAUUGAAGGGUUCACAGAGGAUGGAAGUGAAAGAUACGUCAGGUCUGAAUAUAAAUUCAAUGUCGACAACAGAAAUCAGAGCAACACUUAUCCGGAAGUAUCAAAGCUUGAAGCUUGCAUCGAGGAUCAGCGCUAGAAUCAAAGAAUUCUCACCUACGGAUCAUUUUGCUAUGGAAGAAAUUUGUGGGAGCCAGGCAACAUGGUCCAGGCAACUUUCGACAUUGACAAAGAGAUCAUUUACAAACAUGUGCAGAGACUUUGGUUAUUACUGGCUGAGAAUCCUAGUUUUUGUUAUAGUUUCCAUCUGUGUCGGUUCGAUCUUCCAUGAUAUCGGAUCCAAUUACCAUGCUGUUCUAGCAAGGGGAGCAUGUGGUGGAUUUAUAUCCGGUUUCAUGACGUUCAUGGCAAUCGGAGGCUUCCCAUCAUUCAUCGAAGAAAUGAAGGUAUUUUACAAAGAAAGGCUCAACGGGCAUUAUGGGGUUGGAGUGUUUAUUAUUUCUAACUUCAUCUCUUCGUUUCCUUUCUUGGUUGUAAUGUCGUUUAGCACAGCAUCGAUUACUUAUUUCAUGGUGAAGUAUCACCCAGGCUUCAGCCAUUUCAUGUAUGCUGCCCUCGACCUCUUGAUCUCCAUAGCUGUGGUCGAGAGCUGCAUGAUGGUCGUGGCUGCAAUCGUUCCCAAUUUCCUAAUGGGAGUUAUUAUCGGCGCCGGGUUUAUUGGUAUCAUGAUGGCUACGGCUGGUUUUUUUCGGCUCCUCCCUGAUCUACCAAAGAUAAUCUGGAAAUAUCCAGUCUCGUAUAUCAACUACAUGGCAUGGGCCUUACAGGGUGCCUACAAAAAUGACAUGAUAGGGAUCGAGUUCGAUUCGCCACAGCCAGGGCAGCCAAAACUAAAGGGAGAAAUGGUUCUGACUAGUAUGUUGGGCAUCUCCAUAAAUCACUCAAAAUGGUGGGAUUUGGCAGCAGUUGGAGCUAUACUAAUAGCAUACAAACUACUAUUCUUUUCCAUACUCAAGUUUAAAGAGAAGGCUCUCCCAAUACUUCGAACUUACUGCGCCAAGAGAACUCUUCACCAUCUCAUGAAGAGACCUUCAUUCCGAAAGACACCUCCUUGUUCUUCAAAAAGACAUCAUGUUGUUCAUUCAUUAUCUUCUCAAGAGGGCCUAAACUCUCCACUACACUAAAACCACCAUGAAGAGAUUUUAUUACUCAACACUAGUUCUUGAUUCGACAUAUAUGUAUGUGUGUGGAUUAUGAACGACACAUUUGAGUAUUUAUUAGGAGUUACCAUACAGAGACGCGUUUGAAUUGUAACCACCAUUGCGAUGUAUUUUAUUAGUUGGUGAUUCAUAUAAUUGAGGUAAACACAACAUUCUC